AUGGCCAACUUAGCAUCGACGUAUCGGAAUCAAGGUCGAUGGAAGGAGGCGGAAGAGCUGGAAGUGCAAGUGAUGGAGACGAGGAAGAGGGUGCUGGGGGCAGAGCAUCCCUCCACGCUGACCAGCGUGGCCAACCUGGCUUAUACGCUGAAAGACCAACAUCAUGACGACGAAGCUAAAGAUUUAAUGACCUCCUGCCUGAACUUGAGGAUAAAGGUAUUGGGUCCUUUACAUCCUCAGACCCUGAGCGCGCUUAAGACUUUAGUGACGUGGUUGACCGAGGAUGUUGUGGCAGAGCAGAGUACUAUCCGCAUGCCUGGAGCCUGGAUUAAUUGA